AAUCCCAGCCCAUUGGAACGCGGUGACGUAGUGACGUUCUGCUUUGCCCCUGCCCGUCAGCCCAGGAAACCCUGUGUAGAGCUGCCAACGCCCGGUGGAGAGACAGGGAGAGAGUGUGAGGUCUGCAUUAAGCCAGCAGUGUGGAGACUGACAACGCAAGAUUGCCGCCAUGCAGACUAUUAAGUGUGUGGUCGUUGGAGAUGGUGCCGUUGGUAAAACAUGUCUCCUAAUCUCAUACACAACAAACAAGUUCCCCUCAGAAUAUGUACCAACGGUAUUUGACAACUAUGCUGUCACAGUUAUGAUCGGUGGUGAACCUUACACCCUAGGACUAUUUGACACAGCAGGACAGGAAGAUUACGAUAGAUUACGACCUCUUAGCUAUCCACAGACAGACGUCUUCCUUGUCUGCUUCUCCGUGGUUUCUCCAUCUUCAUUUGAAAAUGUGAAAGAAAAGUGGGUACCUGAAAUUACUCAUCAUUGUCCCAAGACUCCAUUCUUGCUCGUUGGGACACAGAUCGACUUAAGAGAUGACCCCUCCACAAUCGAGAAACUCGCAAAAAAUAAACAGAAGCCAAUCACUCCAGAGACAGCCGAGAAGCUGGCCCGAGACUUGAAGGCAGUGAAAUACGUGGAGUGUUCUGCACUGACACAGAAAGGCCUAAAGAAUGUAUUUGACGAAGCGAUAUUGGCCGCACUGGAGCCUCCGGAGCCCAAGAAGAAACGCAAGUGUGUGCUGCUAUGAAUGCCCUUCAGACGGUUUCUACCCCAAGCCCCCCGUGCCCAACCCCACACCCUUCUCCAAAGCUGGUGUUGGCAUCAAACUAAAAAAAAAAAAGAGAAAAAAAAUGUUAAAAAAAAGAAAAAAAAAAAAAGUUUAAAUCAAACUAAAGAUUAAAUAUAAACUUUGUAUUUUUUAUUUUUUUUUCCUUGCAAUGAUGACAAAGGCCCCUGCGUCCGUCACCGCCUACAGGGAGUGGUAAUGCCAGAGAUACGCGCCCGGCGACACAGGUUUACCGUAAAGAUUAGUCCAAGCGUUGUGUGUAUACAGAGAAGGGAGGGAGGGGGGGGAGCAAAUGCUGAUCAUUGCUUUUUUUGUUUGUUUUUUUUUUUUUUUUUUUUAUUAUAUAUUUACAGUUUCUAAUGUCUUAUAUUAAGAGCGAGGCAUGCUUCAUACGUAACAAACUAAUUAUUAUUUUUUUUUUAACCUGUUUAUUUGGCCCGUCACUCUUUAUCAUUAGGUGGGUGAGGGGUACAUUGCCUAGAUCGGGGGGAGCUUUUACAAAAUGACAACUCC